AUGAGCAGUCACAAAGCCUCGAUCUCGUCGCAGCUCGGCGAGGAGAGCAUCAAAGCGCACGAUGACAAGAACAUCCAAGCCGUUAUUGUCUCCGAGCUUGGGCCCGGUUUUGCGAGCGAAAAGAAGCUAGCCAAUAUCGAAGAGGUGAUUGAGUCCGAGAACCAGCUUUCCGAGGAAGACUCUCGCAGGUUGCGCCGCAAGAUCGACCGAUUCACUGUGCCUUGCCUGCUCGCCAUCUACGGAUUGCAGUAUGCCGACAAAGUCUCGUUGUCGAGCGGCGUACUGUUUGGCUUGAAGAAGGACACCAAGCUGCACGGACAAGAUUUCUCGUGGUUGACAACGAUCUACUAUCUGGGGUAUCUCAUCUUCCAGCCGCUGAUGAACUACAUCAUGCAGCGCGUGGACGCGGCGUACGUCGUGUCGAUCUCCGUGGUGGUGUGGGGAGUGGUGCUGGUGACGCUUGGGUUGUGCAAUACGUUUGCACAGCUCAUGGCGGUGCGCUUCAUCCUCGGUGCGCUAGAGGGCGUGGUGACGCCAGCCUUCUCGUUGAUCGUGGCCAGUUGGUACAAGCGAUCCGAGCAGAACGCUCGUCAGCUGUGGUACUUUGCCAUGAACACAGGGUUUUCCAUGUGGGUGUCCGUGGUCAUCUACUUUAUUGCUAAACGAGCUGCCGAAGAUGGCCACAUCUCGGGCUGGCGGGUCAUCAACUUCUUCCUCGGCGGUCUGACCGUCUUUACGGGUCUGCUCACGGGCAUCUUCCUGCGUCUGCCCAAAAACGCGUGGUGGCUCAGCGAGGAAGAGCGCAAGAUGGCACACGCGCGUAUCAUCGACAACGGCACGGGUACGGGCGAGGUGCAAGCCUGGAAGUGGGACCAAGUCAAGGACGCCUUCACGGACCCGACCACUUACUUUAUCUUCUUCAUUGGCGUCACCGCCUGCAUCCCGAAUGGUGGCCUCACGACGUUCCAGAGCUUGAUCUACCAGUCAUUCUCCUUCACUCCCCUCGAGUCAAUCCUUUACCAGCUGCCAUCGUUCGCACUGUCGUUCUUGUGGAUCAUGUUUGCAGCAUUCAUGAUCCACAAGUUCCCAAGGCUGCGAUUCGUCUUCAUGUGCUUCACGGUCAUUCCUGCGUUUGUUGCGGUGCUGACGGCGGGAACACUGCCGCAGAAGCCGGAAAACAAAUGGCCCCGGUACGGCGUUUACCUGAUGAGCAUCUUGUAUGCUCUGCAGAGUUUCCUCAUGUGGGCACUUAUGCCCAGUAUUAUCGCCGGAAGGACCAAGAAGACGGUCGUCUCCACACUGUGCUUCAUGGGAUAUUGCGUUGGCAACAUGAUUGGACCGCAAGUAUUCCGCGCCUCGGAUGCUCCGCGCUACAUCCACGGCCUCAUCGUGGUAGCCUCGAUGCUAGCCCUCGUUUUCGUCUUGUGCGUCAGCUGGCUGCUCUACCUCAUCUGGGAGAACAAGAGGCGUAGAAAGGUACUCGCUGCUAUGGGCGUCUCGGAGGAAGAGAGGCUGCUCAAGAACAAGAUCAACGGUGAACUCGAUAUGACGGACAACAAGAACAUUUACUUCCUGUACAACUGGUAG